AUGGAGGAAUCAGACAAACGUCGCAUUCAGUUACUUCAUGGCGGGAUGGCAACUGUCUUUGGAAAUAACCUAAAGCAUCUCAAUGAUUGCCGCGAGAAACUAAAGGACAAAUUCAACGAAAGCGAACACAAGGAAGCCCUUUUGUCCAUAAGUGCCACCAUCAAGUCGGAGGAUGAUAAUAACACUAAUAAUAAUGCUACGGAUGAGAAUGAUGAUGGUAGUAAUGGUGGUGACCAAAGCAAGCCUGUUUCUCUUCCUCAGCAAGAACGAACUGAUGGAACAACCGUGAGAACCUUUGAUUGUCUGUAUGAUGCGGCAGAAAAAGUGCACGGAAAGUUUAAAACUGUGAUUCAACGAAUGGCCAAAGAAAAUGUCGAACGAGACCCUGCCUUUGAAAUCAAGUAUGUCGACCUGAAGGAUCGUUCCAGAGCUGAGAGCAAAGCCAUUGUAAAGUACGCCAAGAGAAUUCCGGGGCCUGCAUGUUCCUGGAUAUACGAUUUGAUUCGGUGCAGCAUCAUAUGCUACAAUCCUGAGCAAAUAAUAUACUGCAUCGAUUGGUUACAAACGAAUUACAAGGUCGUCCGUGUGAAGAAUCGAUUUCAGCAUCCCAAUCACAACGGAUACCGAGAUGUCUUGGUGUACAUUCAAGUGCCGGAUGAAACUUAUACAUUCUGCCAUAUAUGUGAGGUCCAAUUGCAUAUCAUAUUCCUCUGGGAACUCUCCAAUCACUUGGAUUCCUACAUUUCCCAUCAGUAUUUUCGGAACCUAUUCGUCGAUCACAAUCGAAGUCAUCAUGUCGAUGACGCUGUGAACAAGUGCAUUGAGGAUAUGAAUAUCAUUUUUACGGGAUAUACGGGAGAUGAGGAGGAACCAAUCGACCACGACCAUUUGACCGUCAUGUCGUCCAAAUGCGACGACGUUCUUAGACUUUCGACGGCAGCACAAGCUUUGGCAGAAUACUUUGGAGAGUUUGGUCUGGCAAUCCAAUUGCUUGAGCGUGCUGUAUUGGCACAAACCGGUCCAGAACAUGCAUUGGAAAGCGCUACCACUUGGGAAAAGAUUGCCUACUUGAAACUGUGUCAGGGUGAAAUGCAAGAAUCGUUGGAUCGGUACCAUUGCGCUUUGGACAUUCAGAACGAAUCCCUUGGAGAAAAUCAUCCACAUGUGUGUAUUACAUUGGAUCAUAUUGCUAGCAUUCUGGCAGAGCAGGAAAAAUUGGAUGAGGCACUGCAAUAUUUUCAACUCGCGUUGGAUAUCCAGUCGCUGACCUUGGGGGAGGACCAUCCAGACACAGCAACGUCCAUGAUGAACAUGUCCAGCAUUCUUCACGAAGAAGGUUAUCUGAACCAAGCGUUGCAAAAGGCCCAAAAGGCUUUGAAAAGUUUCAAGCUAUAUUUGCGACAGGACCACCAUUACAUUAUCGACACCUUGCUCAUCCUGGCCAGUGUCCGCUACAGCCAAGACCAAAUGGAAGAGUCCAUCGACUUGUGCAAAGAAGCUCUCGAAAUGGCCAAACGAUCCAAGGGAGAAACCGACGUUACCGUGGCGGAAAUAUUGUACAAAAUGGCCAUGGCGGAACGAGAAUCGGACCAUCGACAGCAGGCGUUAGAGCUCUUUGAGAAUGCAUUGGCGAUAUACCAGAUGAAUCACGAUGCCCGCAAUCCAAAAUGUAUUUCCACCAAACGUCAAGUCCAGCGUUUGCAGUAUGCCAUUGCCAAAGACGAACAAGAAGAAGUGGCAACGGAUGCUUGGGGUCCAAAAAAGAACAAGAAGAAGAAAAAGAAGCGGAAUGGGGAAUCCUCUAGAUGUAUCAUAUCCUAA